AUGAAUUGCACUUAUCAUAUCAAAAGUCCAAUAUCUUUGAUAUGUAUAGCUCCGCACAAGUGUUAAAGGAAACUAUGUGUUGAAUGUAUGUAUGACCAUGGAGUGGAUGUCAAGCAAACAGUUCCCAUUAAUAAAUUUCAGGAUAUGGCUAUGAAGAAAUUAACAGAGUCCAAGCUUGAUGACACAUCUAAGUUAACUGAAUAGAGAAUGGCCUUUAAGUCCUUACUCUCUCAAACCGAAUAAAUGAUGAAGAAAAUUAUGGAAGAAUUAUCACAAUCUAUCAAAUAAGUAUACGAUUAGAUUGAAAAGGAAAACUAAUUAUACUUAAACCUCAUUAAUGAAAACACCAAUCUAGCUUAAUCCUCUUACAAUGAUUUAGAAAAAUUAGUAAACAUUGUAGAAGGCUCAACUUUAAAUAAUUGGAAUGCCGAGAAGAAUUUUUACAUGAUAGAAUUAGAGGAGAUCAAGAGUUGGUGGGACUAACAUAUACAAACUUUUAUUGAAAAGUCUAACCUAGAAAUCCAAUAGAUUCAAUCAUUAAUUAAGUAAUUAUUAUAUAUUAUCAUCUAGGGAAGAAGAAGAAGUUUAUUAAAUGAAGGAAGAUCUUUAUGAGAUGCUAACCUACAUCCAGGAUAUAGAUGAAUCUUUCUAUUAGAAGAUU